AGGUGUACACUGUAAACUGUACGUAUAGUAGGAGUUUAUCACUUGUGUAACCGUUGCGCUGCAUUUAUGGAGUUGACAACUUUGCAACUUGUUGUGGGGGACGAGUAAUUUGGCCAUACAAACUUCAUUCAAUGCACCAAACUGGCGAUUCAGACUUGGCUCGCUUAGAAGAAGAGAUGAAGUCCAUAACACACAUGAACAACUCAACAAAAGAUGAAGUCUGCUGCCCUCGUUUGUCUGUUUGGUUACUACAUAGCUUUGCUAAUGCGGAGGUGACGUCGUUACUAGUCAAUGAAAGCAUCUAGAACAGGGAAAGCGUCUAGAAAGAGACGGACGACAAUGGAGGGGUCAGUUACCUCAGGUUCUGGGGAAGGAGAUGAGGGUGUCAACGCAACUUCCUUAUCACCUUCUCCAGGUCAAUAUCAGGCUUCACAACACGCCCAAGUGCACCCACCAAAGGAGCCUGUCAUUAACCAUUCCACCCAGUUGUACCCAUCAAAGGAUUCAUACAGCAAUUCCACCGAAGUACAUCCAUCAGAUCAGCCACCAGUCAGCAAUGCCACCCAGGUGCACCCAAAGGAACCUCUCAUUACCCAUUGCACUGUACCCAGUCCAACCCAUGGGCACCCAAGUCACCCUGCCAAUUCAGAGCACCCAAACAUUGCUACCGAAUCAUUACCAAAUGAUAAACAUGACAAGCCCAUUUCACGGCACCUCUCCAUUUCAAAACACUCAUCCAAAAAAUCGUUCAAAAAGUCAUCCAAAACUAAAAGCACCACAACGAUCUCCAGGGUAUCUGGUGCACAACCACCCACUACAGAAACUCACCAAACAUCCCACAAAGACCCAGAUGAGACACUCGGGAUAAAGGAAGCCUCAACAUCCACAAACUCAUCUCAUCUAGGAGACUCAAUCACUCAUCAACAAUCAUCCCCAAAUGAUGCAGCGCUCACAUCCAUGCCUAACGUAUCGCCAACUCACAAGGCUUCUCCUACUCACAGGCCUGGGUCAUCAUCAUCACAGUUCUCUCCAAGCAAGGAGAGACAUUUGCGCAGGUUUAUCAACGCUAAUAUGUCCCAUGGUGAAGAGAAUGGGGAGGAUGUGGGGACAGAGGGACAGAAGGAAAGGAUGAGGUUGAUGAUGAAGAGUAAUGGCAGCCAGAUGCAAGCCAUAAUGGAGCAGGAGAUACAGAGGUUGUCUCGACAGAAGAGAGAUUUAGUCAUGAGAGAUAGGGUUGUAGAGCCUGAAUCUUGGAAGCGAGAUGUUCAGAAGCAGAUAGAGGAGGAGCUGGAGCAGAGAGUCAGGGAAGCUUUGGAAACUCCACCUUUAGAACGAAUGCGCAGAAACCGCCACAAGGCUAGACUCAAACGUAUACAGAAACAACAAACGUCACUUAGCCUUGAAGAAUGCGACAGCUAUGCUCAGACCUUGCCAAGCCUGAAGAACAACCAUCACCGAUGGGACUUAUCAGAAACACCUUACACUUUUAAUGACCAGCAGACUCGAGAGAACCGAUUCUCGCGUCUUGCUCAUGCCUCCCACUCUAAAGGCAACCUCGGGGAUAGUGACACUGAGGAUGAUGAAGAUGACUCAAUCAAUGGCGUCAAUAAAAACCAGAACCACUGGAAGAGGCGUCACACUGACAAUCAGAAAGGGAAUGGUGCAAUCACACAGGAGACUAUCACUGAAUCUGGGGACUCGGACCCUGACAGAGCAAGGACGAUAUCUGAAAUACGGCGUAAGUCAUACCAUCAAUACACAGCGGAGGGAUUCAAGGCAGCCAUACGCAAAGGGAAGAGUCAUCUUAAGAAGAUUGGUAGUGGGAAGUAUGUGGAUAAGAAUGGAGUUGUCUUGACUAUGGAUGGGCCGUUCUGGCCACCUGAGUGUGGACCUCUCUACCCAAAACCAGAACAUCAGAACAGCACACCUGAAGAGAAGGAACUGCUUGCUGAUGCAGUACACCAUGAUGGUCGCACUGUGGAAAACCAACGCACCAAGUGGUUUCGCCCAUUUGAAUGUACCUCCUUGAAUGUGUUUGAUUCUGAGCGGACAUCUAAGGGCACCAUUCCUCACACUGUGCCUGAUGGUUGUUGUCCUAGCCUAGUGUUUGAAUCCCGCUUUGAAUCGGGAAAUCUACGCCAGGCAAGAAGAGUUGGGCAGUUUGAAUAUGAGCUUAUCUUGAAGACAGACAUGUAUACUCCUCGACACACCCAAUGGUUCUACUUCAGGGUUCAACGGAUGCUCCCUGGUGUUACCUACAAGUUUAGUAUUAUCAACCUCCUCAAGAAAGACAGCCUGUAUAACCAUGGAAUGCGACCAUUGAUGUACUCUGAACAGAAGGCUGAGAGAAGUAGUCUGGGAUGGCAGAGGGUUGGUCAUAACAUCUCCUAUGCAAGGACCAAUGGAUUCCAUCGUAAUCCACUACUACAUGUUGAAAUGGCUUACUACACACUGCAGUGGCAAUUGGAGUUUUCUUACGAGAACGACACCUGUUAUUUUGCCCACUGUUAUCCCUACACCUUCACCGACCUGAGAGAGCACAUAGAUCUCUUGCUAUCAGACCCUGAGAGACGGCGUUGUACUAAGAGGGAAGUCCUGUGUGAGAGUAGAGCUGGUAAUAGCUGCUUCCUACUCACUGUCACAAACUUCUCAGAUAAAGCUAUUUGUACUAAGCGUGGUAUCGUUGUGACUGCUCGGGUGCAUCCUGGUGAGACUAACUCCAGCUGGAUGAUGAAAGGACUGCUGGAUUAUAUCACUAGUUCAGACUCCGUCGCUAAGGAUUUGAGGAAAGCCUUCAUUUUUAAGAUAGUUCCGAUGUUGAACCCAGAUGGUGUGAUUGUUGGUAACUAUCGCUGCUCACUCACAGGCAGAGACCUGAAUCGUAACUUCCGCCAUCCUAAGAAGGAGUCGUUCCCAACGGUGUGGCACACUAAGGAGAUGCUGGAAGUUUUCGCCAAGGAAACUGAGAUCCUGGUGUACUGUGACUUACAUGGCCAUAGUCGUAAGCAUAAUGUCUUCAUCUAUGGUUGUGAUAAGAAUGGAAAGGAGAUUGAUGCAGCUGCCUUCCUGUACCAGAGACUCUUUCCUUGGCUUAUGUCACGUGAGGCUCCAGACAAGUUUUCCUUCCGUGGUUGCAAGUUCCAUGUGAAACGUUGCAAGGAGGCAACUAGCCGUGUGGUCAUGUGGAGAGAGCUGGGUAUUAGUAACUCCUUCACAAUGGAAGCAACCUUCUGUGGCUCCAAGAACAUCAGCAGUGAGGAAAUUCCACGUCACUUCAACUUGUCAGACUUUGAGGAUCUUGGUCGUCAUUUCUGUGAAGCCCUAUUGGUGUAUCACAAAGCUCAGGAAAACAAAAGCCUUCACUCUGAGCUAAUCUUGGAGUUGACUAGAGAGAUCACUCAUCAAGUGCUGGCGAGUAGAGGACUACUUCCUCGUUGCCUUCAAGGAGAUACCAAGAAAGACUCAGAAGACACUCGGGUCAAAGAUGGCUCCUCUGGUGCACAGCCUACAUCAGCAAUAUCUGACUCAACCAUAGACUCCCCUACAGCCAAACAACCCUCUGAUGCUGCCUCAAAAGCCAAUAAAACACCUCCCUCUGCUGGGCAUGAUAAGCCAGGCCAGCUAGUCCGCAGCCUUGAGGGUAGACUAGAGACAAUUCGUAUGAUAGAUGCACUGAGCUCUGAGACAAUACAAGGAUGUAUCGACAUCCUACAAGAUCUACAUGCUAUGAAAGACUUAGCUGAGUCAGAUUCUAGUGACAGUGACAGUGCCUCUGAGUCUGAAAUCCAACCACUACCUGAUGAAGACAAACUGGAGGACAAGAAGAAGAAGAAGAAGAAAGGCAAGAACAGGUCCAGGAGUAUGCCGACUCUGCCUGAGGCAGUGACUGGGAUCAUCAAACGACGAAGACGCAAGGACGGUAAACACCACCUCAAACUAGCCCUCAAGGCCCAGACCCAUCAGGGCUUUCCUAUCACGUCCCAACUCCCUUCCUCCAAAUCCUACCAGAUCUACGCCCUCCAACAAGACCUUAACAUGGGUGCCAUUGGUCCUGAUGUCCGACCAUUCCGCAUGCCGUGCCAUGGUAAAAGUCGUGUCAGCUCCUAUGAUGACCGGCUUGCUCAGCUUUACCAGAAGGGUGGGGAGACUGGCCCCAUGCUGUAUCGGUUUCUGGAGCCAAAGAGCAUUGAGAUGGCUGCAAAAGCAUCGCAACAGGUUUACCAGGAGGAGCAGGAAACCAGUCAAGGAAUUCUACCAAGUAUUGGACUGAUGUACAACGCUGAGGAUGAUCCAAACGGUGGGGAAUGUGGAACACAAACACAGAUGUUGAAGAGAACUCCAGCGUUUGUAAAUCGUUACAUUGGUCGGAGCAACUCUGGAAUUCCAAUGUUUGCCCAGGAAAGACUAGAGGAACGAGCUAUAAAGAGAAUGGAUGCCAUGAAGAAGCUGGAGCAGGAGAGACAAUCAACAGCCCUUCAGAUGUCGGAGGACAGUGACUAUGCUCGUCUCCUUGCGUUGUCUAAACACAUUCAUCUGCAGGAACAGGAUGAAGCUGGAUACAAGCUAGAAGCUUCCCCAACGCUUACCGUUCACUGCAGCAUACCAGCCACUCCUGGUAGUCAAUUCAACGUCAACUUUAAGCAAUCAUACACACAUAGGAACUCUGCAUUAAUGAAAGGUCCUCCUCUAGGACUAGAACUAAGAGGUGAAGAUCCCUUUGAAGGUGAGAGAAGACACGACAAUCCUCAGAGUGCGUCCCCUCGCUCUGCAUCUCGUAAACUCCAACCAAUGGCAAAUGCUAAACCCCCUACCAGGAGUAAAGACAUGUCUCUUGACUCAGGAUGCCAUACUUAUAAUGUUAGCCAAGUCCAUGGUGCCUUUGUGGAUUCUCUGAACACAGAUAUAAGAACUGGAAUGUUGGAAUCAGAUGGGUAUGCUCAGAGGCAAGACGUGACCAAUCAGAAUGGGGAUGUAAUGAAUAGCUCAGGUAUGCUGCCCAAUGGGGACGCAGUGAUGGGACAGGGUUCUCAGGGCAUGCCGUUGAGUCAUGAGAGUGGAGUGGCUCAAAUAGACAUGAAUAAAUUUGGGAUAAUGAAUGGAGAUAGUGGCCAUAGAAGUAGACAGGACCACACCCGAAUGCAAAGCGCCACAAGCUACAAGGUUUCCAAUCCAUGGCUUGGUGCUAGAAACCCUGUCAGCCGGCUUCCAAGUAACAGCGCAUCCUACAACCAUGCACCUCUCCCUGCAAGAUCCCCACGCAACAGACAGCUAUCAUCAAUGAAAAAGAACCAUAUGGAUUUGAUUGAACAGCAGUACGGACGCUUCCUCUCCGGUGUGGACCCCAAGAGGGCUCCCUCCACUGCCGCCAAGUAUUUGCAUAGUCUUGCCAAAAGUAUGAAGGGCGGCCCAGUGGAAUCCACCAGUCAAGUGAAAUCCGGUUCCAGACGACUUGAGAGGAAGUGAAUAAGUAGUCAACAAUUGACAACUUUGUUGUGAACUGCAUAGUUUUUCUCUGAAAGAUCAUUACAACAACCUGUUUUUGUGUUUGUUUGUUUGUUUGUUUGUUUGUUUGUUUGUU